AUGUCGGUCAAAAGCAACCAGCUCCCGACGGUCUAUUUACCUGUCGGCCACGAACCUGGAUGGGAGAAUGUAGUGCAAGAAGACUCGGAGUAUGAUUCUCAAAGCGACUCGGAAGCAUUGAGAGAUGUUGCAGAGAGGCAAUGGCGUUCUUGCACGGUCUCUGAAACAAUGGGAAGGUGUAAUGUGGAAAUUGGCCCUCAUACUUUCUUGGACACGAAAUUCUACGAAGUCACUUACAUUGCACAUGUUAACACCGAGCAGAAAGUUCAAUCGGACCCGCCCUGGCCAGCAGUGACGCCUUACGGGGCGACAUAUUCAUCGUAUUACUCGCCCACGAAUUCGGGACCACCACCUUCCUACGGGGCAAUUUCCUCCUCGCGACAGGACUCAUCACACUUGGACGUGAUGACUAUCUCGGAUGAGCUUCAGUGCCGGCUCUUCAAGGCAAUGUCUACGGACCCGACAUUGGCCAACCUCGUAGUGUUGGCCUCGAAAGAAAAAGCCACCACGCAACAAUUGGAACAACUGGCCAUCCGCCUUCGGAGACUGGAAGAAUCAGCUAGAGAGUUGAACCUCUCAACUUCCUCUGUUAUUGGUCCAGAACCUUCCCCGGUCCCAAGUAGAGAAUUCGACAUUGUCCUUGAAUUUCGCGAGGCUCCGACGGAACUGUGGCUGAUCCCUCGUGGACCUGCUCUUUUCAAGGUUAAUGACUCUGGAGACGGGUAUCUAAAACUGAGGUUACCAUUUGACGAGGAACGGGCGGGUUCGGACAAAACCCAGCCAUCUAGUGGCCUGGGCGAGGAUGAGGGCGAUGUAGAAGAUCCCAGAGAAUACGUCAGCUCCAAACUCGUCCUAAAAGCUGUUCCCGAGACUCUGGCGGAUACGUUUCGUCGAUGGUUGGGGAGCAGGGAAAAGGUCGAAGAAUAUCGAGGUAUAUUUGAAGACCUGAGGAAUCGCACGAAGCGAGUGUAUCUUCGGUACCGUCUUACUCCAGGCGAUCUGCUGAAGCAACUUCAGACACUAGAGCAACCGCACCCAAUGAGACUCCUCAAAGAGGACCCACGGAAAUGUCCACCCGUCAAAAGCAGUGGCAAGUUAACACCAAACGACGGUUCGACCCAGCACUCUCCGGGAUUGCAGGAGACCACUGCACCGCCUCCUGAGUUACAGGAAGCAUCUGUCCCCCCUUUACCCCAAGAAAUACCCCCAUUGCCUACGCCUUUGGCCACGCCAGGAGAAAACCACGUGCGCCGUCCUUCGCCGCAAGAAAUCCUUGCGUCUCCACCAGCAAAGAAACCAAAAAUUUGGCUGCCUGAAGUACGAUGCACGAUAUGCCAUCAGCCAGAUAUCCCACUUUACCUCGGGGGAAAAUAUUGCAGACCCUGUAGGGAUUCCGGUCGUAUUCCUGGGAUUGCUCCAACUAUGGUCACAACUCGGCAGAACCUUCAUGACGACCCUGGACAUUCCAACCAGACCGUCCGGCCGACACUAUCCAUGAACACAUCAACGGAUGGUACUGCAAGAAGCGCAUCCUCUAGGGCCUCGUCCCGCGAGCCACUCGUCCACUCUCCCCAUGACCAGGUUGAUGUGCCUAGCGCUGAGAAUCGAAACAUGCAGGAAGAUUGA